GAAGUUAGCAUUCGAAGUCCAUUGCGAAACUUCCAUUUACCUGAUUUGUGAAAUUGUCAGCAGAACAUCAAAGUUUCGGUAAUUACGUGCGAAAAUUUCAUAGUUCAAUUGCAUUUAAACGUCGGAAAAUACGACAAGCAAAGGUUUCGCGUGCGUGACACGACGUGGAAUUUUUUUAGUUCCUUCUUAUUUUUUGGGAAUUCUUUUCGCCAGUGAGGGCAGAAUUCAUGUAAAAAGUACCUGAUACUGAGCACACUAGCGUGUUUUGUGGCCAAUUUUGGCCGGAGGGAACAUAGCUAACGCCGCGUGUACCGAGUAUACGGAUCUUUGGAAUUAGUAGGCGGCUUCGGGGGGUACAGUAUAGAUAAGUAAUUUAGGUAUUGGUAAGCGUAGUAUACGCUGAUAGAGAAACUACGCAAGAGAAAAGAAAUCAAAAGCAGACGUGAAAGUGACAAAGCAUUAGAAAAACAACAAGGUGUUACGAGUGGGGUCUAGGCUAAAUUAGUAAAAGCAAAGCAAAGUAACGUAUAGCAGUGGAAGCGUCUUAUAUCGUGCGUAAGUGUUACAAAGAAAACAACGCGGCAGCAAUAGCAUAUUGUAACGCUAACAACGUGGUUGGUGUGUUUGAAUUUUUGGAAAUGUCCGCAAAUCCACCACCGCCCAUAUCACAAAUUUGGCAAGGAGGAUUCGGAGGUGGAUUAAGUGCUUUAAUAACAAAUGGUACUGAUCAACAACACCAACAAACUAGAAAUACGCUGCAAAACAGCAUUAAUUGUCCAAAUUCUGCAACUAUGAACAGCAAUAAUAACAACAUUGCACAAGUCAGUGAAGCUGCAGGAGGAGCAAAUAAUAAUUAUGUUAAUUUUACACAAUUCAUCAUGCAGCACAAUUUUUUGGGUAAUAACAAUGGUAUUGGCCAUACAGGCGAAACGGUUGGUGUUGAAGGUGUGAAUGCUAACGGCAAUGAAAAUGUUGGUGCAGUUGGUGGUGCAACAAAUGCAGCUGUCACACAAUUAAAUGGUGGCGGACGAGGUCACGGACAUGUUGGCAACACUAAUGAUUACUACAAUUUCGUCGACGCAAUGAAUAGUAAGGCAAAUCUUGAUGCUGGUGGAGAUAAGGCGCAUUUGGAGAACAUACCGCAAGCAACAAAUCAUUAUUCCAACAGUCUUUUCUCGCCAUAUAACAACUUUGGCAGCCUAUAUUCAAACAGUGGCCAAAAUGUUGGUGGAGGCUACAACGCAUACAGUGAGACUAAUACAAAUUUGGUUUAUUUUGACAAUAUUUACACGCCUUUUGGCAAUGGCGGUGGCUAUUAUGCGAACCCGUUUGCCACUGGUUUUGACUUUAGUGCUUCGAAUUUGCAAGCUUCAGCACCUGAAUUUGUUCCGCGUUUCAGUAAUCUCAGUUUAAAUGAAGCAAAUCGUGAAAAUGCGGAGCAUACUAAGCAAAAAGAUUAUGAAACAACUAGUAACGUCAGUAAGAUUGAACAAAAUAAUAUGCAAAAUAAUGCCUUAGUUGAAGAGCAGCAAUACAAAGGCAAAGAGAAAAAUGAUAAUAAAGUAUUGGAUGGUGUUGGCAGCGGCGCAAUUUCUAUUGGUAGUAGUGGUGUGGACAACGUUCUACAAGCGACAACAAACAACAAUACUACAACGAACGCAGUAAACGUUGACAACGCAGCCGAUAGCUCAAAGGCAGCACAACGUCCAGAAAAUGUUAGCACAAAAAGUGAACAGAGUCAAGGGAUGUACGGCAACAGGAGUCAAUGUAAUGGCGCCAAUAUAACGGCACAUCCAAGCAUGUUUAAUCCUAAUGUAACUGGUGCAUCCUCAAGCGGUGGCGCUGUCUCACGUUACACCGGCGCUACAAAUAAGCAACAGUCAUCUAGCGGUGGUUCAAGAGGUUCGUCAUCGAAUGGUUAUUCACGUAAUCGCAAUGAUUACUCUGGCUCGCCACACAACCACGAACGCAAUGGCAAUGGCAAUGGUGGUGUUGGUGGUAAUAAGCACAACAAUGACAUCAUAGAUAAGUCGGAGAAGCCAUCAGCUCGAGCUGAGCGUGAGCGAGAACGCGAUCGUGAUGCGCGUCGCUAUCAAAACGGGCGUCGCUCUGUUGACUAUCAUCGCAGCAAUAAGCGUCGCGAUGAUUGGAAUCGCAAUCGCGAUCGUAUAAAUGGUUUUCGUGUGGAAGAGAAAUACUCAACAGAUAAUGGCAAAGAUAGUCCAUUACCUUCACCAGAAAAGAAGUCUUCGCCGAAAAAAGUCUACCCGGAAAAUGAGAAACUAUCGCAACGUGAAAAACUCAUACGCGACAUUGAAACGCGUCGUUUGGAGUGUUUGGUUUGCGUUGAGCCAAUCAAGGCACAUCAUGGCGUUUGGUCAUGCAACAACUGCUAUCACAUACUCCAUUUGCAGUGCAUCAUUAAAUGGGCUUCAUCGUCGAAAUCGGAUGAUGGCUGGCGUUGCCCAGCCUGCCAGAAUGUCGUCAAGGAUGUGCCACGCGACUAUUUCUGUUUCUGUGGUAAAGUGAAGAAUCCACCAUAUACUCGUCAUGAUAUCGCACACACAUGUGGCGACACCUGUGGACGCAUUGAAGGCUGCACACACGCUUGUACGCUGCUCUGUCAUCCCGGACCGUGUCCAGCGUGUCAGGCAUAUGUGAAACGUGAAUGCGGUUGCGGCAAGACAACCAAAACAAUGCAAUGUUGUCUCAAAGAGCCCAUUGAGUGCGAAUCGAUUUGUGGCAAGCUAUUGAAUUGUGAGGUGCACAAAUGCCCGGCUAAGUGUCAUGAUGGCAAGUGUGCGCCAUGCGCUGAGAAGGUAGAACAGCAGUGUCACUGCACCAAGCAGGAUCGUCAAGUGGCCUGCACACGCGAUUCGCAUGAUAAGCACAGUUACUCUUGUGGCAAGCAAUGUGGCAAAGAUUUGGCUUGUGGCAAUCACAAGUGCAAGGAUUGCUGUCAUCCCGGUGAAUGUCGCACAUGCAAACUUAGUCCCGAAGUGGUCACCUCGUGCCCUUGCGGUAAAAUGCCAAUAGUUACGGGGCAGCGAAAAUCCUGUUUGGACGCGAUACCCGUUUGUGAGGGCGUAUGCGGCAAGACAUUACGCUGUGGCAAGCCAGCACAUCCACAUCAUUGCACCAGCAAAUGCCAUCUAGGCAAUUGCCCACCUUGCAACAAGCAGACCGCCGUCAAAUGUCGUUGCGGUCACAUGGAUCAGUUAAUCAAGUGUCGUCAGUUGUCGACGCGUGCCGACGACGCGCGUUGCAAGAAGCGCUGCAUAAAGAAACGCUCGUGCGGUAAGCACAAAUGUAACCAGGAAUGCUGUAUCGAUAUCGAUCACAUCUGCCCGAUGCCUUGCAACUAUACACUGUCGUGUGGUAAACACAAAUGCGAUCAACCCUGCCACCGCGGCAACUGUCCGCCUUGCUAUCGCAGCUCCUUCGAGGAGCUAUACUGUGAAUGUGGCGCCGAAGUUAUAUAUCCGCCAGUGCCUUGUGGCACCAAGAAGCCGGCUUGCAAGCGCCCAUGCUCACGCACGCAUCCCUGUCAGCAUCCACCACAGCACAACUGUCACUCGGCUGCCAAUUGCCCACCGUGCAUGAUGUUCACCACCAAAUGGUGCUUUGGCCAGCAUGAGCAACGCAAGACCAUUCCGUGCUCACAGGAGAGUUUCAGUUGUGGCUUAGCAUGUGGCAAGGCGUUGUCAUGUGGACGCCACAAGUGCAUCAAAACAUGCCAUGAGGGUGCAUGCCAGGCAGCCGGUGAGGUGUGUAAGCAACACUGCACCAAAUUGCGUGCCACCUGUGGUCACAAGUGCAUGUCGCCGUGUCAUGAUGGUGAUUGCCCGGAUACACCGUGCAAAGAAAUGGUUGAAGUACAAUGCGAAUGCGGCAAUCGUAAGCAGAUGCGUUUGUGCCACGAUUUGGCACGUGAAUUUAGUCGCAUUGCCACUGCCCAAUUAGCCUCGUCAAUGGCCGAAAUGCAGCGCGGUAAUUACAUGGAACUGAGCGAAAUACUCGCUCCCGUCAAGAUCAAUAAGACAAAUAAAACUUUGGAUUGCAAUGAUGAGUGCCGUUUGCUCGAACGUAAUCGUCGCCUCGCUAUUGGCCUACAAAUCCGUAAUCCCGAUGUGCCGCAGAAAUUACAAACCAAAUAUUCUGAUUUUAUACGCAAUUUUGCUAAGCGUGACCCCACUUUGGUUAAGUCCAUACAUGAUGCACUAACCACACUGGUGAAGCUGGCCAAGGAGAGCAAACAGAAAUCACGUAGUCACUCGUUUCCGACAAUGAAUCGCGAGAAGCGUCAACUGGUGCAUGAGAUGUGCGAAAUGUUCGGUGUCGAAUCGGUGGCCUACGAUGCGGAGCCCAAUCGCAAUGUGGUAGCUACUGCUUAUAAGGACAGGUCAUGGUUGCCGGCCACCAGCAUUAUGGAGGUUAUGCAGCGCGAAUCCGGUCAGCGUCGCGUGCCGGUGCCCAGCAACAAUGCCUGGGGCAUUAAGAGAUAAGAGUUUUUUUCCUAAUUAACAAAAUGUGUAGUGAAUGCGUAUGCAACAUGCAAGUGUAACGUUGAAUAAAUCGUUUGAAUGUGUGCUGAAUUACACUAAACAAAAACAAAAAAACAUUAAACAUUAAAACAUAAAACAUAAAACCAAGCAACUACAAAGAAAGUAAUGCAAAACAAAACAAAAAAUGCGUCAAACAUUUAUCUAAAAAACAAAAAAACAUUAAAAA